CGCAUCGCCCCCCUCCUCCCCACCCCAGAUCUCCCACCCCGAACCCUACCAUGGCGAUCGCGGCGCGCGCCCUGCGCCGGCUCCCGCUCCACCUCGCCCCCGCGCUCGCCCGCCCCUUCUGCGCCGUCUCCCCCGCCGCCGCGGCCCCCGCCCCGGCCGCCGCGUCCGCCAAGGUCGCCGACCGCAUCGUGCGCGUCCUCGCCAUCGACCUCGACGGCGGGCGCCGCGAGGUGGUCGGCCUGGCCGGCCAGACCCUCCUCCGCGCGCUCGUCAACGCGGGGCUCAUCGAGGCGGCCUCCCACCGCCUCGACGACAUCGACGCCUGCUCCGCCGAGUGCGAGGUCCACAUCGCGCAGGAGUGGCUCGAGAAGAUGCCCGCGGCCUCCUACGAGGAGCGCUACGUCCUCACGCGCGCCUCCCGCAACCGGGAGCUCAACAAGCACGCCCGCCUCGGCUGCCAGGUCGUGCUCGGCAAGGAGCACCAGGGGAUGGUCGUCGCCCUCCCCGAGCCCAAGCCCUGGGACAUCCCGUAAUGCGGCCCCCUUCCAUGGCGCGAGGCGAGGCGAAAUUGUGCGGCGCUUCGACAUGCCGACCCGCGAGCCUUCCUUCCUCGCCCCUUCCGGUGCUUUCAUGGUACGGAUUUGAUGAAAGAAUAAUGAAUUUGAUGGGCAAAACUUAGAGCUGUUUCUGAAACUUUUAUUUUGUUUGAAUGUGGAUGAUGUAAUGUGGAAUCCCUUGCCAUUUACGUCAGUUUGUUGUUUGUUUUGCUUUGUACAUUUGAUGUAUUAUUGGUUGCAGCUCAGCAUGUCCUCUCUGCACUCCAUUUCUUCCUCGUACUGAAUUUUUAGUGCUUCCAUAGUUAAAUGAGAACUGCUGCCCAUUCUGUAUUA